AUGGACGAUUCGUAUUUAAACAUGACUGAGGGGUAUGUUGACGAUUGUAAGAUAACACAAAUGCAAUAUCACUCGUUUCUUCCUUACCCGUCUUCCGCAAUGUCUUGCAACGACGAUAUUAGGAUGUCUAUUCAAAAUAUGGACGCGUACACUCGUCCGUGCGAAAGCUAUAUUUUUAUAGUGGCAAAAGUAAUUAAAACUUCGACCACCGGUAUACAAGGAACGGUUAAUUUCACAAACGACGGAUUGCCGUUUUCGUUUUCCGAAAUGCGGUAUGACGUGAAUGACAUGACAAUCCAAAAUUUAAAAACCUCAGGCAUAGCCUCUUGUUUAAAAUGUUACGGUUCGCAUACACGUGACGAUUUAUAUGAACUACAAAACGCUGUCUGGGACACAGAUACGGACGUAGGUGAUAAUAAAGAAUUUAUGCCAGACAUUAAAUUUUCCGGUUGUUAACCGUUAAAAUAUUUAUUCGGUUUCUGUGAGGAUUAUAAAAAAAUAUUACUCAAUUGUAAUCGACAGCUUAUUUUAAAUCGAGCGACUACAGAUUUUGAUGCGCUCCGUGUUGUAGGCGGAUG